AAGGUAGUAGACCAGUAGUAGGAUAAGAUACUUCGAACAGAAGGAACCCCGUUUACACACAAAGCUCGGUGAGGGAAGUACACUUUAAAGCCUCCGACUAUCUCACCGUCGGCCGCAUGGAUGGCAGUCAAUCCUACUAGUCUUUUCUCAAUGGCCAUCGCUACACGGGUCCCACUGGGCUUCCCCACAACCACCGCAACUCCAUUCUCGUUAAGGUCCCGUUCAUGUCAUAAUAAACACAGUUCACUAUCACUGCGGGUUCCAGAAACUUCGAGGCCGCUCUCCCUUCUUAAUUUCAAUGCUUCUGGUUACCCAUUUCUUCAGAGAAGAGGAACUAGAGGAGUUGGAGUGGUAUCGGCAGCAAUGGCGGAUUCGGUUCCAAGCACGGUCCUGGUCACCGGGGCUGGUGGCAGAACAGGACAAAUAGUUUAUAAGAAAUUGAAGGAGAGGUCGGGGCAGUAUGUUGCCAGAGGUCUAGUUCGAACAGAGGAGAGCAAGGGAAAAAUAGGUGGAGCAGAUGAUGUUUUUGUUGGGGAUAUAAGGGAUGGCAGCACCAUAGUUCCUGCAAUCCAAGGUAUUUAUGCACUCGUAAUCCUCACAAGCGCUGUGCCCAAGAUGAAACCUGGGUUUGAUCCAACCAAAGGUGAACGUCCUGAAUUCUAUUUUGAAGAUGGAGCUUAUCCUGAACAGGUUGAUUGGAUUGGGCAGAAAAAUCAAAUAGAUGCUGCUAAGGCUGCGGGAGUGAAGCAAAUUGUGUUGGUUGGGUCCAUGGGUGGAACAGAUUUAAAUAAUCCAUUGAACAGCUUGGGUAACGGCAAUAUAUUGGUAUGGAAGAGGAAGGCUGAGCAGUAUUUGGCCGACUCUGGUAUUCCAUACACUAUUAUAAGGGCUGGAGGCCUGCAAGAUAAAGAAGGGGGUAUCCGAGAAUUACUUAUUGGAAAGGAUGAUGAACUUCUUAAGACUGAAACUAGAACCAUUUCCAGGGCAGAUGUGGCAGAAGUGUGCAUUCAGGCAUUACAGUUUGAGGAAGCCAAAUUUAAGGCUUUUGAUUUGUCCUCAAAGCCUGAGGGUGUUGGGACACCGACCAAAGAUUUUAAGGCUCUCUUUUCCCAAAUCGCUACUCGUUUCUGAGUUUCUACGGCCAUUGUGUUUGGUCUAUGAGAAUAUUUCCCACAUUCGGAGUUUUAUUUCAAAACAUAGUUAUGUAAUUCAAAAAUAAUUCAAAUUGCCCCAGUUGGCGUCCUUGUUACUACUCUUUUCUUCCACUACACAUCAUUUGUUCACCAAUUAAAUAAAAUAAUUUAAAAGUAA